UUUUUUUUCUAGAUAUUUGAGUAGCCGCGCAAGCCAGUCAUAGCAGCCAACGCUACCCUUUCUUCACAUCGCUUGCACUCGCUCUUUUUGGACAGCACCAGCUACUAUGGAGGAGACUUUAACCGAAUUCACAGUAUUCCCUCAAUUACCAACUGAGCUAAGGAUCAAAAUAUGGGAGUUGGUGCCAAGACCUAGCCGUGUGGUUGGCGUUUUACCUCCAGCCUCUAACUGGUAUCGUCAUUACUAUCGCGCAAUUGGCUCUAGAGCAAGCUCAGGCGGGAACCAUCAAGGAACAGGAUCUUGGCAACGCUACCAUUAUCGAUACAUUGUUCAACCCAAAAAACAUGCGAUAUUCCCUCUGCUUCAUGUGAAUCGCGAAGCUCGAGACGUUUGGCUGCCACAUUUUUUUCAACCUUCUCGCCAUUCUCGCGUAUCGGAUCUUGAUAUUCGAUUCGAUACGCCUUUCAUCAGCUACGAUACCGAUAUUUUUACUAUCUUUGAUGGAUGGCCGUCAAGAGGCAUCCCGGUGGAUGCUUAUCGCAACCCCACGAUACUUGGCAAUGACGACGAGCCAAUGGACGGCUUUAUAGCCCUCGACCGAAAGCGAAUAAAGAACGUUGCACUUUGUGAAAUCCCAGGAGAUAUAACAUCUUUCACAGGCUCCGUUGCCAUCCGUCAAUUGCCAAACUUGCAAAACCUAACAAUCCUGGCUUUGGGACCCAAUUCGACCUAUCGACCUGCGCCUCUCGCUUCUCAGAGUGGCAAUGGAGAUAGCCUACCAAUACUUGAGAUGCUAGCAGUGGAUAUACAACGAGGUAGCUCUGAUAUCUAUGAACUUCCUUUGGAUCUGGUCCAUAAGAGUCCAUUUCUCAACGGUUCGAGACUACGGCAUGCAAUAGCUCUAUCACCCAGUAUACGUCCACUGUUUCGUUAUAAAACAUUUAUUCUAUCUUUGCUAUGGCAUGAAUUCAGGCAGAACAAUGCAGCGGAAGCGAUUUCGGCUUCCUGGUGGGAGUACACAGAGUACUUGUUUGAAGACUGCCGUGAAGACGCACAAUGCCCUUUAAUGUUGAGCGGCUGCGGCGCUGAAGGCCAUACAAAAUGCGAAAUGAUGGACUGGAAGCCUAAUUUUGAGAUUAAUUAUAAACUUCUUUAUGCAACAGAGUGGAAAGAUGAGCUCAAACGUAUCGGGGUCAUUAGAACAUGAACCACCAUACCGAGCUCUGGGGAAUAUGUUUGUGCUAUUGUAUCAUCAGCUGCUGUAAUUUUCUUAGAACAAAUUGUAUAUGAGCCUUUUCUUGCCAUUUCGGAAAGCAGAUAAUGAUUCCCUCUCGCUUAUUGAUUUUACGAAGCAGGUAAAAUAUGCUCGCAAUUUAUAACAUCAAUAGUUCCUAGUAACCGGGCUAGUGGACACUCAUGAGAUGGGGUCGUC